GGGCUCCUCGAAGAUGUAAAUUUCUCUCCAUCAAAUCGUACAGUCAGGCUGUAUUACAUUUUCGGGAAUUUCUGAAUGUAGGAAAUGUGUUUUCAAUCCGAAUUCACAUGUUCGAUAGCUGUAUACAAUAUGUUUGCCUGUGCGUAAUUUGAAGAAAAUUCAUAGUUUCACUUCUUCAGGACAAGAGUUUCCAUCAAGCACCCUCCUCUCGACCCGAGCAUAAUAUUCGGUGCACCUUCGUCGUGCGAUAACUACGGCGGCGGCUACUUGUGGGGAUGUGUUACCGUGCAUCACCACACGGGGCUGGAGACUUUGUUGGAAAUCAUUGAUUCUUUUGCAUCUUGUUUUCUGGAUCACCCUUCAACCAGCAGACAAGCAAACCAAAUUGCGAGAUGGCUACGACUGUCCAGUAUGAUCUGGACACGUCUGGAGGCCUCAUGAUGCAAAUUCAGGCUUUGGUUGCCCCACCACAAAGUGAUGAACCUCCAAGAAAAUACAGAAGAACAGAGCCAAGGAGAACAGGAAGAGCAACCAAUAGAGACUCUUGUGAUAGCUGUACUGAGGGAGGAGAUCUUAUUUGCUGUGAUCGUUGCCCUGCGUCUUUUCACCUUCAAUGCUGUAACCCUCCCAUAUCAGAAGAGGAUCUACCCUCUGGAGAAUGGUUGUGCCACAGAUGCACAGUAGCACCCCAGCCGUUGAACACAGAGAUCACCCUCUCGGACACCAUCAAGUCCAUCGAGAAGGCGGAGCGCUCCGAGAGAGAGAAGAAGCAGAAGGAGGCUGCUGCUGGUGCGGCCGCCGCCAAGGAGAAGGAGAAGCAAGCCACCUCCGCCUCACUGAGGCUCAAUGAUAGACUGAACGACAGACUGAUGAGGGAGGGAAGGGCCUGUUUGCGACUGGCUCAGAUCCAGGCUUACAACAUGCAUUCUAUGAAAUCUAUUCCUAUUUCCAGAGAGGCCCAAAUUGAGGCUGGGAUCAUUCCAAAGGAGCCGCCCGAAGAGGGCGAUAACACCAACAUGACUGAUGGAACGGAAGAAGAGAAGAUGGAUGUCGACAAGGAGAAGGAAACGAUGGAAGCGGAGGAGGAGAAGAAAGAUGAGAAGGAGAAGGAGGAGGAGGAGGAGGUUUACGUCAAGUUUGAAAACCCUCUUAGCUACCUCAUCAAAGCAGUGGCCAUUCAGAACCCCAAGCAGUUCUCUCUCCCUCCGGAGAUGAUGAAGCAUGAACCCCUGCCAGGGACAACAAAAAAGAAGAAGAAAGAAGAAUUAUCCAAGAACUACAAAAAGCCUCAUGAAUUGGAUAACAUGAUGAUCCCGCUGCCAGCUAAAGUCUGCUUCACAUGUAACAAGACAUGCCGAGUAGCUCCCCUUCUCCAGUGCGACUACUGCCCUCUGCUGUUCCAUCGAGACUGCAUGAACCCCCCUAUAACCUCCCUACCCACGGGCAGAUGGAUGUGUCCGAACCACCCUGAAUUUGCCCUGCCAGCAUUCCAGAAUGGAGGUCACACAGAGCGGGUGAAGAUCUUCAAUCAGUUCCAGGGCAAGGUGGACCAGCAGGCCAUCAAGCUCCAGUUCAUCAACAAGAUCCAUAGGAAUGGACCUCCCUGGAAGGAGAAGUGUAAAUGGCGCAAAGUAAUCAAGGUACCUGGAGCGAUCAAGAGCCAAUAUGCACUGCCUCCUCCGCUACUCCCUCUGUGCCAUGAGCGCCCCCCUCCUAUGAUAGGACCCGUGGAUGAGGUCAGGAAACCGGGUCCUCUCACCGCGCAGGAGGAACAAGAAGAGUGGUUGAAAGGUGUGGUGGCUUUGCAGACCAGUAUAGCAAGGCAUUUGGCUCACAAGGCACUACCCAAAGAACCGACAAUCAAACCAAAAAUCAUCACCACGUCUAUGCUCUCCAAGUCUUCAUCGGCUCCGCCCAUAGUCGUGUCCACACCGUCCAAUCACAGCACAGCAUCCAGCAGUGCUACGUCAUCGAGCGUUACGUCAUCGAGUGUUACGCCAUUGAGCGUUGCGUCAUCAAGCAUUUCAUCAUCAAGCAUUGCGUCCACCAGCCAGGAAUCAAAAAGCACUACCACGGUUACGGCAACCACCACGAACCCUAGCGGCGUAAAAGACGCAAGUGUCGUCGAGUCUUUGAGUAAAGAAUUUAGGACUGCUAAGAGGGACGGUUAUAAGUAUGAUUUGAUUGAUACGCGAGAACCCAAAAUUAGAACGGUCGCCGAUUUGAAGGCAUUACACAAUGGGCCAUUCAAACCGAUCAACUCUAUUGUGUCAAACGGACCGUCGAGCUUGUACAAGAGCAAGACGGACCUCGUCUUAGAAGCAGCUGAGCACUUGAACAACCACGUCAUGGUCAAGACGAAAAGCAACGGAACGUCGCCCUCUCCUGAGGACAAGACGUUACAUGACUCUCCUGCGAGUGCUAUUGUGAAUGGCAGUAUAACGAAUAUUGAUAACUCUGAGUCAAAGGUUGUGACCUCCAUGCAGAGAGUGACCUCAUCUGGGGUCAAGUCACCACCGUCGGUGACCUACACGUCAGCGAAGACAAACACGACGCCCUCGACGGUCAUGAUUAGUAGUGGAAGUGUAGUUGUACCAUCGUCUGCCAAGGUGGUGUCUACGACGCAGGCAGGGAACCUUAAGUUCACCACUAUCACCAUGCCAACAAAGAUGGCCGUUGGUGUGGGUCAAGGGUCACCGGGAAUGACGGGGAGGGUAGUGACAAUACCAGCUUCCUCUGGUAAGCUGAGUCCUUCGCCACUGAACUCUGGCAAGAUCACUCCAGCUACCCUCGGCUCCUCACCAGCUAUCAUCAACCUCAACAGCUCUCUACAGUCAUGUAUUGAUGGCACCGGAGAAGUAGAAUUGAGUAAGUUGGAUGAGAGGCUGGUCCAGAUUCUUGCCUGGCAGAGAUUGCAGCAACUAUUACCUCAAAAGAAUCAGACCUUGCAGACUACAAUAGUCAACAAAAAAACCACUACCAACACCAACACAGUAUCAUCAUCAUUAUCAUCAUCCUCGUCGAUGUCAUCCUCCUACUCCUCAUCUCCUAGCACCAACGCCACCGUCAUCAACCAGGGUACCUCAUCACUGCAUUCGUUUAACACAGGCGGUACCACCACAGUCGGUAGUGUACCGCUGCACACCUCCACAUUGCCAUCACCAGGUACCGACCAUGGUGUCCCCUCCACCGGGCUAUCACAUACGGUGCGGGCCAGGGCCAUGGUGUGUCCUGUGAAUGGAAGAGGUCCCGGUACGCCAGUACCGAUGUGCUUCAGGGCGUUGCAUAUAGGAUCAGGAAAGGACAUGGAUGUUUGUUCAGGGAGCUAUGGGCAUUGUAAUUUUGUAUCUCCCAAGCACGCGUGUAUAUUCUAUGAUCAGACUACGAGGUUGUAUGAGUUAAUCAACUACAGUGAGUACGGCACCAAUGUAGAUAAUGUGAUCUUCUCCUGUGACUCAUCAGAUAAAUGGUCGUCCAACCAUCCAAGAGCAUCCCCUAUGGUCAGGAAUGUUCGCAAGAUCAUCGACAAGAGGAAAGUGCGAUUCAGCGAGAGACUCAUGAAAGAUGGCAAGAGUCGUCAUGAGAUAAAACAAGAGAAAGAACCGGAGAUACCCCUACGCAUGAGUGCCACGACCAACAACCAUUUCCAUCCGUGUGGUUGCCGUGGUGGCAGCAGCUCUGCGCUGCUCGGUGACAGCAAGGCAGGCUGGGAAGGCACCGCACUGUUGCAUCAUGGGAGCUUCAUCAAAAUCGGCUGCCUCGGCUUUGUAUUCAGUAUUACGGAAAACAUUACGAAAAUGACGCAAGCGCCAAAAUCGUCUUCGGCAGGUUUCCAUCCGGAUAACAAGAGGUCAGUCGUCGUUAAUUCUUCAUCAUCGUCGAUACCUGCUCGUAAAACAGUAACACAGACAAUCGUGAGGCCACAAUCGGCAACGUCAUUGCCAUAGUAAUGCAAUUCUAGAACAUCUCCUCUUCUGUGACCAAGUAUGUGAGGCGUUUCAAACUUCCAAGAUCCCCAUGGGCUUUUCAACUGAAGAAGUCAUUUUUGAAGCAUCAGGCAACCCUUGUGGAUUAAAAGGUUUAUUUCUGAAGGAAUUAUCAUUGGAGAGCUGCUAUAAAACCAGAAGCUCUUGCAUGUUUCAAAUCCAACGAGACUUUCACGAGAGGCCAAAGUUCGCUGAAGUUUCAUGCAGCAAAAUCCAUGAAUGGCGACACUAACUUUUAUUUUGCAAUUCUUGUUGCCAAUUGCCACUAAAAUAACAUUCAUGAAAGCUUAAGGUCGCAGAAGUUUCUGGUCUUACAGUAAAUAUAUUCUUGUUUGAACAUUAUUUUAGUUCUUUUUCUACAAAAUGUAAACUUCCUGUCAGAUACAGAUAUGAUACUCUGGCUCAAUCUCAUUUAUGAGAGGUCAAUGAUGUCUUGUGCAACCUCUUUGGGGGUGAUGAGUAUUCAAAGGUCUGCUGGUUCAGACUUACUUGCUACAUGAUGGUGUGUUCACAUUACAUCAUGGAGUGUUCACACAUUCUCACUCAUAUCCUGAUGACAUUGCUACUUCCUGGAGUUUGAAGGAUGAGUUAUAUCAGUAUGAGCUCUGAAAGUAUAGAGUAUGCAUUCUAGAUUCCCCUGUGUAUUCCUCCUUCAUUUUAAUGUUCUCUCAACAAGUUUUCUGCACAGCCCGUACCCCUCUCCGACCUCGCCCUUCCCCUUCCCCUCUCCCUCCUACAAUCAAAGUUUCCUGAAAGAUUGUUGUUUUGAACAGCCACGUACCUUUCCUCACCCUAUUCCCCUUCCUACACUGGAAGUUUCUUGUCUCAAAGAUUGUUGAUUUGGACAGCCCUGUAUCACAUCCCUCCUCCGCCUAUUCCCCUCCCAUAUUUUACGUUUCUUGUCUCAAAGUUUCUUCGAAAUAGCCUUGUAACCCUCCCUAACCCUAACUACCCCCUCCUACAUUUUAAGUCUCUUGUUUCAAAGACUCUUCUGGAUAAGCCUGCAACCCCUUGUCUCCAUGAUUAUCGACAAUCACCUAUCCUUCCCGACCCAGCCCACCCCCCCCCCCUUCCCCCUCCCCCUCCCCCUCCCCUUCCCCUUCCCCCUCCCUCCUAGAUUCCCAAUCUUUCUUGGAACCAUUCCAGACAGGACAGUCUGCUUCCUGCAUCCGUGCCCCUGAAGGCCUGAAGGUGACAGUAGAAGGGUAUGUUGAGGCUAGAGGAACAUGGCAUGGGCGUGAUAAGGGUAAUGCACGGCAUGUCUGUCUGCGUUGUGUGCACAAACCAUGGCCCAGUCUUAGGAGCAACCCCUUGAUGAUAUGGCCAUGGUGUUAAAGGGGACAAUCACCAACAGUAUUUUGCCGUAUAUAUGUGUUUGGGCAUUUUAUAGCCAAGUGCCAUAUUCAAAAUAUUACAGAAAACACUUUUUUUCUGUAUUUCAAGUUCAAACACCAUCUGAAUAUAGGUAGAAUCUACCUGUAAGUAGACAAUUAUUUCCAUGCAAUGGUUGUGAAAUGCAGCUUGAGUUCUGGUCAUGUGACUACAUUGUGACAGAAUUGUCUCAAUGUUUUGGGGAAAAGUUGAUUGUGUAGGACAUAUGAACAAUUGUUUGUUUGUUUGGUAUUGGAAUCAUCAAAAUGUGAACAAAUUGUGUAAAUGUAAACCCCAGUAGAUGAAUUACCUCAGAGGCUUAAUCCACAAUGUGUGCUUAUAAAGUGUUUUCCUGCAGAAUGCUGUCGGUCUUCUUUUGAUGAAAGCAAAAAAUAUUUGUUUAUUUGCUAAUCUUUAAGAAAUUCGAAUGAUUGAAACAUUGAAAUCUUUAGUGUCUGGUUGUUUUGAACCCUUGAUAAGAGGUCAAUGAUACAUCUGCAUCACUCUCUAACACCCUAGUGAUUAUAGUUAAACCUGUCUUGAACGGCCACCUGGCUAUAGUGGUCGCCCAUAUUAUUCCCCUGUGGGUAGAAAUGUGUGUUAUAGGACCUGCCUAGAAAGGUCACUUGUCAACAGUUUUUGUUCUGUUUCCCUUAGUUGUCCUUAAUAUACAGGUUUGAUUGUAUUUUUUUGUGAUUGAAAUUAUGACUAAAUUAUGCAAACAUUAUGAAUAACACCAUAUCACUAUUAAAAUGAACCAUUUAGACUUAAAAUAGAAAACUCUCAAUUAAAACAGGGUCAUACAUUUGCUGGGGUCCUUUUUUUCCCUAGACAAAUCUUCCUAAUAAUGUUUUUUUCUGAUAAGAGUAGACUACAUGUAGAUUAUGAUCAUGAGUGGUAUCUACGUAAUAAUAAUAAUAAUAAUAUAUCUUGUUUACCCAGGGUAGCCUCAUCAGUCUAAAAACUGUUCUCCCUAAGGGCCCUGCAAUCAUAUUAUUACCCCAGCUGUAUUGGUAGUUGGUACUUUAUCAUGAGACAUGCAUUUAAUUAUGCAAUCAUUUCCAAUUUCUUUUAGAUGCCAUUGUGGCAUUUAUCCAACAUUACAUAUGAUCAAAGAAAUUAUAUGAGCUGAUUGUUCUCACACUUUAAAUGUUAUCAGGAAUGCCUCUUGCACAGAAAUUUCAAACGCAAGAUUUUCAGAUUUGUUGAGUUGCUUUAAUUGCAAGUUCAAAGUUUCAUGCAAGAGGCUUCUGUGCAUGUACCCUGCAGUUAAACAUGAAGAUAUGUAUCUCUGUCCUCACUUAUUAGUUAUUUUUUGUUUUGGUAAUAGUAUUCAGGGAAAUAAGCUGUCAACAACUAUGCACAAUAUCAAAGUAGCAAAACCUGUGAUAAAACGAUAUACAAUAUUACAGUAACCAUUGAUGAUCGCAGAUCGAUAUUCACUGUUUAAAAGAUACUCUUGUUUUAGUGUGUGAACAGGUCAUGUAUUAUUGGUUAGAGAUGUAAUGUCAUCUUCAGGGUGUGUUCACUUUGUCAAAAAAUCAACAUGUUGGGUGCAAAGGGAAAUAUUUUUGUUAAUGUUUCAGUUUCUUUCUGUUCAGCUUAGGUCCAUAUUUAACUUGUUUCCUUUGAUGUUCUAUUCCAUACACUGGUUCGUAUUCUACUGAUUCAGUUAACUGGGUCUCCGAUCACAUUUAACAAAGGGAACUUGGACCUUCUUUUUGUUAAACCUGAUUUUAACAAAAGCUUUAACCCAGCGUCAGGGUUAAAUUUAAGUAGAAUACGGACCAUGAGAAUUUUAACAACUUUUCUCAUUGCAUUGAAAUGGCAUCCACAUCGAUCAUUUUAGGAUGCACAAUCAGGAAUUUCAACAAUUAAAGGGAGACAAAGAUCAAUAUCCCAGGAUUCUAUGUGAUAUUUAUGUGAUUUGAAUUAAACUUUGCAUCAGGAAGUAGAGAAAGAAGUUGAAAGAAUUGCAAGAAAAUCAUCCCAAAUCCUUGAUUUCAGAAAAAAUGGUGGAGGAAAAUCCUUCUUAUCUCUACUUUUCGGGCUAUGGAUCAUGGUGUUGCCAAUUUGAUUUUGUAUUUUGAAUCUUAAAUGAUCUUGGACACUGAUUUUGUUUUUAACAUGAUCGCAAAGACUUUCAAGAAAUCUACUCACGGGCAAUGUUUGCACUCCAUCAAAUCGCCCAUAGAAAUUUCUUGUUCCCAUUGUGUAUCAUGUCAUUGCAAUAUCCACACAUUUUAAUAGGGGAUGCACAAGGCUUUAAAUAUCCUAAACUUUUAUUUCUUGAAUUCUUCUUAUUUCUCUUAAAAUUUUUCUUAUUUCAAUUCCUUUUAAAUGAACGACCACUGGCCAGUAACUUACCUUAAGCUCAACAAUUUUGACAAUUUUAUCUCGGGAAUAAUUUCAUGAGAUGUUUGCCAACAGUGUCAUGAGUGUGAGAUAGGAAAAGCAUGAGGGAUGCUUUUUGCUUCUUUAGUCAUAGAUUUAAGAUUUCUUUAGAAAUUGCCUUCUCUUCAGUAUAUAAUUAUGAUAUAUGAUUUCGAAAAGAAGAGAUCAAAAUGGUUCGCUUUAUAGUAAAGCUGUGAUAAAAAUGAGAGUUCAGAAACAGGACAGCUGUGUUGGAAGGUUCUGUUGUAAUGGCUUUCUUUUACUAAGUCAGAAUGUCAGAUACAGGAGAGUUGUUGAAUUUUGUUUUCUAUAUCAUAUCAUAUGCCAAUGAUAAUUGUAAAUGUGUAUAGAAUUAUAGAUAGUGCUGUGAAGAAAUUUUUUUCACUUUCAAAAUUUACUAUGAAUCUUGUUCAGUAUGAGAGCUUCUUUUGUCGAAUUAUUGUACAGAUAAUGUUACAAAAUGAACUUGUACAUUCUUUAAAGAAAUUGAAGAAAAAAAGCUGAUUGUAAAUGGUUUGAAGAAAAAAAUACAAUGAACAACAUGCAUUAUUAUCCAAAGA